AUGGUUCCAAGGCUGCACGCGCUCGGCGGGCUGCAUGCCGUGCGUGAUGCGAAAGGGGGCCCGGAUCUCACAGACAUCAAGAAAGCUGACGACGACAGCAUGGCGGAGGCCGGGAGGACGGGGUUUAGAUGCCAAAAAGACGCUCGAGUCACGGAAAACCUAGAUGGUGAACUUUACGCGGGACGGGAACGUGUAAUUGUUAUUGGGGGCUUCGGAUCAAUCCAGGCGGCCGGUUUUUCCAUCGGGGAGAUUUCGAAGUUUAGGUUGCGUGCGCUGAUUGACGGCAUUUAUGCGAGGCACGAGAUAUCAGAUGGCAAAAGACCGAACCAGUUGCCAAACGCAGAAUUCAAUCCUACACAGCGUCAAUAUGUAAACUCAGCCGCGCGGUUAUGGGGAUAA